GAGAGACAGGUGAAGGAGACAUUAAAAACCAGAGCAGAUGUUCAUCAGCAAGAUGACCCUGAGCCAGUCCAGUGUGUUUGGACAAAUUGAUGACCUGCAGGACCUGGCGUUCAUCGAGAGACCCAUACGCAGAAGUCUGAAGACUGCAGAGGAGAUCGAGAAGUUGACUGUAGAUGAAGAUCUGAAUGAUAUCGAGCGAGCGGUCUACCUCCUCAGCUCCGGACAGGAUGUCCAGCGAGCCAGCGUGAUUGUGAACCUGCCAAACCUGGUGCGUCAGAACCCAGCGGAAACCUUCAGAAGAGUGGUGCCAAAAGUCAGGGAAGUGCUGCACGUGGCCGGGGCAGACAUGCAGCUUGCUGCGGCAGGAUCUUUUCUCACCAUCCUCCAGGACGACAUCGUCCUUAUCCAGACGCACACACACUCGAUCCUGCAGAUCGUUCUUCUUAACCUAGACCACCGAGACACAGUGGUCAGCGGCGCAUGGCUUGAGACUUUGUUAUCAGCUAUUGAUGCUUUACCAAAAGAAACCAUCAGACAGGAGAUCCUGAGCCCACUGGUAUCGAAAGCUCAGCUCUCGCAGUCCGUACCGGCUCGUCUGGCCAGCUGUCGCAUCCUGGGGAAGGUGGCUGCCAAAUUUGAGUCAUCAGUGGUGAAGAAGGACCUGCUGCCUCUGGUCAGGUCGCUGUGUCAGGACGUGGAGUACGAGGUGCGCUCCUGCAUGUGUCGCCAGCUGGAGAACAUCGCCAGGGGAAUUGGGCCGGAACAUACGAAGGCUGUGGUGUUACCGGAGUUAGUGGAGCUGGCACGUGACGAGGGCAGCACUGUGAGACUGGCAGCCUUCGACACCAUCAUUAACCUUCUGGAGAUGUUCGACAGCGACGACAGGACGCAUGUUAUAUUCCCGCUAGUGAAGACGUUCUGUGAGAAGUGCUUUAAAGCUGACGAGGCAGUGCUGUCGUCACUGUCCUUCCAGUACGGCAAGCUGUGUCAUGGCCUCUCAGCGUCUUUCACAAACGAGCAGCACCUCUGGUUCCUGGAGUUCUAUAAGAAGCUGUGUUGCCUCGGCCUGCAGCAUGAGAACGGACACUGUGACAGCCAGCCUUACCCUCUGGAACUGGAGAACAAGUACGCGCUGGUGCGCCGCAACUGCGCCUACAACUUCCCAGCCAUGGUGUUAUUCGCUGACCCGAACCACUUCCUGUCUGAGCUGUACCGGACUUUCUCAAGCCUCUGUCACGACCCUGAGAUCUCAGUGCGACGCACCGCUGCCGAGGGCUUCCACGAGGUGGUUAAACUGCUGGGUCCGAAUGUGCAUUAUGUACACAAAGAGCUGAUCACCUUACUGCAGGAUGACUCAUUAGAGGUACUGGAUUCUUUACUCACUCAUCUCCAGGAAACACUGGAACUGGCAACAUCCAGGGGAGAGGGAGCAGGACCAGAGAGCAAGCAGGUGAACGUUCCUGACCUGGUUCCUGCGCUGGUGGCGGCUGAGCAGAAAGCCGCAUCCUCACUACGCUGGCGUGUCCAUGAGAAGCUGCUGCAGCGUUACUCCUGUCUGCCCCGAGUUGUUUCUGGAGACCACAUCUACUUUCGCUUCCUGCAGAGGAUGUUCAGCAUCAUCACCACCAAUAAUGUGCUACCGGUGCAGAGGGAAGCCGCCCGGACGUUGUGCGUGUUUCUGCGCUACAACCGCAAGCAGGAGCAGAGACAGGAGAUCAUCAGCAAAAUAGUGCAGGAGCUUGCUCAAGGGCGGAGUUACUGGAACCGGCUACGUUUUCUGGACCUGUGCGACAUCGCCAUCGAUCUUUUCUCUAAGUCCUACUUCUGUAAGCACUUUCUCCUGCAGGCCCUGGAGCUCAUUACCGACCCCGUGGCUAACGUCAGGUAUAAACUGUGCUACAUGCUGCCCAGGCUCAGGUCCACCAUACGGCUACCUGCAGACAAGCAUCUGCUCCAGCAGCUGGAGUUCUGUGUGAGAAAGCUGCUCUGUCGCGAGAAGGACAAAGACGUCGUAGCCACCGUGCGCAAGACAGUCCUGGAGUUGGACAAAAUGGACAUCACAGAACCGUAUCAUAAAAGACAUGAAAGAGACCUGCUGGACCAAAAGAAGGAGAAGGAGGAGACUCUACUGCUGGAAAUGGAACUGCUCGAACGUCAGCAGAGUGAAGCGAAACUGACAGGAGAGAAGCACAGCGAAAAAAAGAGACGAGACAGCAAAGCAGGACUGUCUGGUUCCAAGGGCAUGUCUGGUUCCACAUCUGGAGCCACCCUGUCAACAUCAACUGGGAAGGAGAUGCGGAGAGCCAAACUGGCUCGCAGUCGUUCCCUCAGUAGCCACCCGAGCACCCCAAAAAUGUCCAACUCUGAUAAAGCCCUAAAAGUAAAGGAAUCAGGAAGCUGUCCUGGAUCAGGGAAGAGCUCCAUAAUCACAAUGAAUGAUGAUGCCCUGAGACCCCAUCAUUUUGUGGCGUCCUCGUCCACAUCGCUGUCCCAGACUCCCUCCACCUCGUCCAUGCCUGUGCUGAUCCGCAGUAACACGAGCAGCUCUGUAGAACAUCGCAGCAACAGCAGCAAAGACACACAGUCUAGAAAACUCUCCAUGUAUGUUUCGAAUCUGUAAAGACGACAAAGGAAGUCUAACUCGUUCGGCAUGCAGUCUGGAAGGGAGUGAUGUACCAUUCAGGUGAGAGGACCUCGACAUGGAGCCUAAGGGAGAACCAGGCGGUCGUACAUUUGCCUUUAGGACGCUGUGUUCAUCCCUCGUUCCUCCUCUGGAGCAGAACCAGCUGAACUCUCAUGCUCAGGCUGUGGAGGAGGAAAAAUAAGGCACCAGGACUCUUCUCACAAGUAAACAUCGAUCCAUCUCUGCCUUAUUCCACACCAAAACUUGUAUCAUUUGUCCAAAAAAAAGCAAAAGUAAUAGGUAAUAUGAUGUAUUUUAUUUAUUGAGUCAUUUAUUUUGAUUUUUUUUUCUUUUUGUAUUAUAGCAUGCUUUGCAGAAUCUUUGUUUUAUAAUAUUUUCCGACUUGCUAGGAUAAAAGUGUGUAUUUUUAUGACUGAGCACCACCUUUAGGAGUUCUGGGACUCUCCAUUUCCACCAGUGAGAUUGUUCCUGGUGCUUUAAAGCACCCUAGUGAUUCACGAAAACUCAGAACGCAAACAAUAAAGCCCAUGGUGAACACUG